AUGGAAACAGAGUACUGUGUUUCUCAAUUUCAUCCUUCAAUUGCAAAAACAGUCUCGAUAAGUUUAUCAUCAUUCGGAUCAGGAGGUCCAUUUAGUUUUGAUUCAUUCUCUCGGAAAUGGAAUUCGAAGAAGAAGAAAGAACCUUUUCCUGAGGAAAAAUCAUCGAAUAAGCACGAGGUAAUGGGGAAUGAGUGGUUAGAAACAGGGAAUUGUCCUAUCGCGAAAUCAUAUAGAGCUGUUAGCGGAGUUCUCCCAAUUGUGGCAUCAACUUUUCAGUUACCUCCUGGAAUGAAACUCAAAUGCCCACCUGCAGUUGUUGCAGUCAGGACUGCCCUGGCUAAGACUGUUUUUGUGAAGACUAUGCGGCCGCAACCAUUAUUUUCGAAGAUGUUAGUUAUUGGUGCAUUGGGAAUGGCAGUUAAUAUUCCAUUAGGGAUAUGGAGAGAACACACUGACAAGUUCUCAUUAUCAUGGUUUACUGCAGUUCAUGCUGCUGUUCCUUUCAUAGCUAUGUUGAGGAAAUCAGUUGUGAUGCCUAAAACAGCUAUGGCAUUAACUAUUGCAGCUGCUGUAUUGGGACAGGUCAUUGGCUCAAGGCAGAGAGACUUCGGCAACAACAUAUUCAGUGUAGUCCAACAAUCGAAAGAGUAA